AUGAAGUCGCGGCCGUCGGCUUCGUCGGCCCUGCGCCGGCUCGGCGCCGCCCUUGCCGCCGUGGCGCUGCUGCCCUCCAUGCAUGCCGGACACAUCGAAAUCACACCCGAAGAUAGCGGAAAUCUCUUCUUCUGGCACUUCCAGAACCAGCACAUCGCCAACAAGCAGCGCACCGUCAUAUGGCUCAACGGCGGGCCCGGCUGCAGCUCCGAGGACGGCGCCCUCAUGGAAGUCGGCCCCUACCGGCUCAACGACGACCUCACCCUCUCCUAUAACGAGGGCUCCUGGAGCGAGUUCGCCAACCUGCUCUUCGUUGAUAACCCUGUCGGCACUGGCUAUAGUUUUGUCAGCACCGACAAGUACGUCACCGAGUUGACGCAGAUGGCCGACCAGUUUGUCACCUUCCUCGAAAAGUACUUUACCAUAUUCCCCGAGUACGAGCACGACGAUCUCUACUUCUCCGGCGAGUCCUACGCCGGUCAACACAUCCCUUACAUCGCCAAGGCCAUCCUCGACCGAAACAAGAAGCCCAGCACCAAGGUGAAGUGGUCUCUCAAGGGCCUGCUCAUCGGCAACGGCUGGAUGUCCCCCAAGGAGCAGUACGAAUCCUACAUCACCUUUGCUUAUGCCCGCGGUAUCAUCGAAAAAGAUAGCGAGCAAGCCAAGCAGCUCCAGCAGCAGUGGCGCAUCUGCGAGUCCCGUAUCGCCACCGACCCGAACCGCGUCGAUUACAGCGAGUGCGAGUCCAUCCUCCGCCUCAUCCUCGAGUACACCGCCGACUACAACUCCAAGGGCCAACGCCAAUGCUACAACAUGUAUGACGUCCGCCUCAAGGACCUCUACUCCGCCUGCGGCAUGAACUGGCCCCCGACCUCAAGCACGUCGAGCCCUAUCUCCGGAAACACGAGGUCGUCGACGCCCUGCACGUCAGCCCCGCAAGGUCUCAGGUUGGGCCGAGUGCACCGACAACGUGGGCCGCGCCUUCCGCAACCGCGACUCCCCGCCGCCAUCCGCCUCCUGCCCGAAAUCUUGACCGAGGUUCCCGUCCUGCUCUUCUCCGGCGCCGACGACCUCAUCUGCAACCACAUGGGCACCGAGGCCUUCCUCGGAAACCUCGAGUGGAACGGCGGCAAGGGCUUCGAAGUCACCCCUGGCACCUGGGCCCCGCGCCGCGAUUGGACCUUUGAGGGCGAGAUUGCCGGCUUCUGGCAAGAGGCCCGCAACCUGACGUACGUGCUCUUCUACAACGCCUCCCACAUGGUGCCCUACGACCAGUCGCGCCGCUCCCGCGACAUGCUCGACCGCUUCAUGGGCGGGCCCCAGACCUCGGUCACGGAACCCACCAAGAAGCCCGAGGCCCAGGCCGGCGAGCACGAGCAGGCCGUCCAGGACGCCAAGUGGCAGGCCUACCGCCGCUCCGGCGAGAUUGUCCUCUUCCUCGCCAUCGUCGGUUUCUGCGUCUGGGGCUACUACGUCUGGCGCGAGCGCCGCCGCAGGCAAGGCUACCGUGGUCUCGACCCCAACCCGGGUGGCCCCAUUGGCGGCGCCCCCGCGGUGGCGGACGUGGAGGCGGGUGACUUUAACGAGAGCGAGCUGGACGAGCUGCAUCUCGAGACGCCGACCGAGGGCAAGAGUCGGUAUAGCAUAGGCGUGGAUAGCGAUGACGAUGAUGAUGACGAUCAUGUGAAUCGGGAGAAGGGGAAAGGGGGAAGCAUGAUGCGGACUCGAAUGGCUCUUCGUCGAGGGAAGGGUGAGGAAAUGUGA